AAUAAUUUGAUGCAAUUAAUUCCACAUUAAUUCGCUGUUUCAACAUCCAUCUUACUAGUUAGAGUACUACACAAGUAUACACUAUCUGUCGCAUUCCACACCUUGAUCUCAGAUAACGUUGAUCUCUUCAACUCAUGUGAUAAAUCUAAUGAAAAUCUUCAGUGCCCAACGUGUGCAUCUACCUCUCCUCCAACCAACCACCCACUAUAUAAACCCUUCCCCACUUAACCACGGUUAGUUCAUACCAACACAUCUCCAUUGCUGCUUAAGUUUCUUGGACCAAACGUGCACCCCAAGUGUUCGACGAUAUGGAGCUCACCAUGGCGUCGACGAUGUCGCUCGCGCUGCUCGUGCUCUCCGCGGCGUACGUGUUGGUCGCGUUGAGGAGGAGCCGGUCGUCGUCGUCAAAGCCACGGCGGCUGCCGCCGUCGCCGCCGGGGUGGCCGGUGAUCGGGCACCUCCACCUCAUGUCCGGCAUGCCGCACCACGCGCUGGCCGAGCUGGCGCGCACCAUGCGCGCGCCGCUGUUCCGGAUGCGGCUGGGGAGCGUGCCGGCGGUGGUGAUCUCCAAGCCGGACCUCGCCCGCGCCGCGCUCACCACCAACGACGCCGCGCUGGCGUCGCGGCCGCACCUGCUCUCCGGCCAGUUCCUGUCGUUCGGCUGCUCCGACGUGACGUUCGCGCCGGCGGGGCCGUACCACCGGAUGGCGCGCCGCGUGGUGGUGUCGGAGCUCCUGUCGGCGCGUCGCGUCGCCACGUACGGCGCCGUCAGGGUCAAGGAGCUCCGCCGCCUGCUCGCGCACCUCACCAAGAACACCUCGCCGGCGAAGCCCGUCGACCUCAGCGAGUGCUUCCUCAACCUCGCCAACGACGUGCUCUGCCGCGUCGCGUUCGGCCGCCGGUUCCCGCACGGCGAGGGCGACAAGCUCGGCGCGGUGCUCGCCGAGGCGCAGGACCUCUUCGCCGGGUUCACCAUCGGCGACUUCUUCCCCGAGCUCGAGCCCGUCGCCAGCACCGUCACCGGACUCCGCCGCCGCCUCAAGAAGUGCCUCGCCGACCUCCGCGAGGCCUGCGACGUGAUCGUGGACGAACACAUCAGCGGCAACCGCCAGCGCAUCCCCGGCGACCGCGACGAGGACUUCGUCGACGUCCUCCUCCGCGUCCAGAAAUCCCCCGACCUCGAGGUCCCCCUAACCGACGACAAUCUCAAGGCCCUCGUCCUGGACAUGUUCGUCGCCGGCACGGACACCACGUUCGCGACGCUGGAGUGGGUGAUGACGGAGCUAGUCCGCCACCCACGGAUCCUCAAGAAGGCGCAGGAGGAGGUCCGGCGAGUCGUCGGCGACAGCGGCCGCGUCGAGGAGUCCCACCUCGGCGAGCUCCACUACAUGCGCGCCAUCAUCAAGGAGACGUUCCGGCUGCACCCGGCGGUGCCGUUGCUAGUGCCGCGCGAGUCCGUCGCGCCGUGCACGCUGGGCGGCUACGACAUCCCGGCGAGGACGCGGGUGUUCAUCAACACGUUCGCCAUGGGGCGCGACCCGGAGAUCUGGGACAACCCGCUGGAGUACUCGCCGGAGAGGUUCGAGAGCGCCGGCGGCGGCGGCGAGAUCGACCUCAAGGACCCGGACUACAAGCUGCUGCCGUUCGGCGGCGGGCGGCGAGGGUGCCCCGGCUACACGUUCGCGCUCGCCACCGUGCAGGUGUCGCUCGCCAGCUUGCUCUACCACUUCGAGUGGGCGCUGCCCGCCGGCGUGCGCGCCGAGGACGUCAACCUCGACGAGACGUUCGGCCUCGCCACGAGGAAGAAGGAGCCGCUCUUCGUCGCCGUCAGGAAGAGCGACGCGUACGAGUUUAAGGGAGAGGAGCUUAGUGAGGUUUAAGUUAAAUUAAGUAAUGAUUAGCGAUAGAUAGAUUUUUAUUAUUUUUAUUAUGUUUUGGGAUAAUAAUAAGGGUUAAAGUUUUGUGCUUGCUAAGUAACCUGGAGGCUGGAGCUGGUAAUAUUGUGACUAAGCAGAGAAGCAAGCCUGUGUGAUUUCGAUGUAAAAGUACAGGAUAUGGUGCCUAAUGAAUAAAAGAAGUCAAUAAGUGGCGUAUUUCUCUUGUAACUUGUAAGCUAUAUCGAAUUUUAAACUUUAGAGAUUAAUUUA